AUGAAUCGACCGGCUCUUUGCUCCGUGCUGGAGCGGGUGCCACGGAGAAUUCUGCCGAGCAGUGCAAUUGCUCUUCGCAGUGCAGCGGCAGCAGUUUUUUUCUCGACGACGCCAUCGCAGCGGAAGCUCAAGCAGGUGCCGGCACGACGGGAUCGGGUGGCCGCGGCCGCGUCAGAGGUCGGAGCACUGGGUGCAGCUGGAGCAUUCGGUCGGGGUGAUGGAGACAAGGCGGCAGCAGCAGUGCCGGUAGCCGAUGCGCGGUCGCUCGGGGCGCCACGGCCAGCGAUGGCGGCAGGUGGCAGCAGCAGCGGCAAUCUGACAUCGUCCAAUGCGAUCACGGCAUCGAGCACGAUAUCGGCGAGCAAAGUGAUCAACAUGCGAAGUCUUCCACGGCGGCCAUCGAACGGUGGCGGCGGCGGCAGCAGUUUCCCGGGGCCGACGGGAGUGUGGAGCGGGUUUUCGGGCAACGCACGAACGGGACGAUUUGCGGGCAGUCGAAUGGGUGGCAUUGGAGGCGGGGCUGGAGCAGGUGGAGGAAGAAACGGCGGACGGGCCAGCGGACGAGCAGGCGGAGCAGGCGGUGGACGGAAGCGGCGGCCGAUGAAGAGACGCGGCAAGGGCGGCGAGGACGAGGAGGGUGGCGGCAAGCGAGGCCAGCAGCAGGAGCCGAAUGCGUUAACGGUGCAGGAACAGACCUGGCUGGAGGAGCGCGAGGUGGGCACGGCGACGACGUACCGACCAUCGCUGACGCGCGAGAGCCUCGAGGGCUACGGGCCAGCCGUGGCUUCGUCGACGUCGGCGGCGGCCAACACGGGCGCAGUGCUGCGGGCGAUGCGCGUGCUGGGUGGCGGCAUGCCGUUCUGUGCGGAGCUGCCGAAUCCGACGGCGGCCUACGACCGGCUGAUGAGCGGGCAGCCGGUAUUCUUUGACAGCGUGGCCGAGCGGACGGCGGCCGAGGAGGCGCUGCUGUCGAAGCGGCUGGUGAAGCAGCUCAGCAAGAACGGACAGGAUGGCAAGGACGGCAAGGCGCUGCGUGCCAUUGCUCCUGUGCGCGUGGCCACCAAGACGGCUAUCCUCGACACGACAGUGCGCGGGCUAUACGCCAAUGGCGACAGCCAGACGGCAACGGGCGGCGGCGCCGUGUUUGAGGCGCUGCGGCGGUACCGCAGCAAGGACGCAACCUGGUCAGCGGCAGCCGGACGCGCGGUCGAGAACAAGGUACGGUCUCUGCUGCCGGCGAUGGCGGGCAGCAAGGGCGGACAGGCGGCGAGGCAGUAG